AUGAUCAAGUCCGUUGCUCUCGUUGCUCUGUGCAGCAGCACCGCUCUUGCUGGUGUCAUUGCUCGUGGUGAGGAGCACCACACCUGGGGCCAGGCUGCUUCCAUUCCCUGCACUACCACCACCAAGGCUCCUAUCACCACGACCAUCGUGACUCCCACCAUCCCCACGCACACCACGGAGAAGCCUAAGACUCCUUGCACCACUUCUACCGAGACUCCUGUCAAGCCCGUCACCACGGAGAAGCCCAAGACUCCUUGCACCACUUCUACCAAGACUCCUGUCAAGCCCGUCACCACGGAGAAGCCUAAGACUCCUUGCACCACCUUGACCAAGGAGACUGCCACUCCUGUGAUUACCCACACCAAGCCCCACCACGUUUCGACCAUCACCGUCGUGACCACUAGCUGCCCUGUCACCUCUUCUGUUGUCACCUCCGGCACCCAGGUCAUCACCGUCCCAAUCACCAACACCAUUAGCGUGACCAAGACUUCCGUCGUCACCGGUGUCCAGCCCACCACCCCUGCUGUCCAGCCUGUCCCCAUUGUCAAGCCGACUGGCCACACCGUCGCUCCUGCUCCUCAGCCGACCCCUGAGGUUCCUGCUCCCGCUCCUCAGCCCGAGCAGCCCGCUCAGCCUGGUCAGCCCGCUCAGCCAGCCCAGCCCGAGCAGCCUGCUGCCCCUGGACAGCCUGCCCAGCCUGAGCAGCCUUCCGCCCCUGGACAGCCCGCCCACCCAGCUCAGCCCGAGCAGCCUUCUCAGCCUGAGCAGCCUUCCGCUCCUGGCCAGCCCGCUCACCCAGCCCAGCCCGAGCAGCCUGCCCAGCCCGAGCAGCCUUCCACCCCUGCCGAGGCUCAGCCCAGCUCCCCCGGCGUCUUCACCGGCGCUGCCUCCAACUCCAAGCCCAUUGCUGGUCUCCUUGCCGGUGUCAUCGGUCUCAUGGCUCUUCUGUAA